CACCCCGACACGGCCGGCAAACAGGUCGCCAUGGCCCUCUGGAUGCGCCUCCUGCCCCUGCUGGCCCUGCUGGCCCUCUGGGCGCCCGCGCCCACCCGAGCCUUCGUUAACCAGCACCUGUGUGGCUCCCACCUGGUAGAGGCUCUGUACCUGGUGUGCGGGGAGCGCGGCUUCUUCUACACGCCUAAGGCCCGCAGGGAGGUGGAGGACCUGCAGGUGAGGGACGUGGAGCUGGCCGGGGCGCCUGGCGAGGGCGGCCUGCAGCCCCUGGCCCUGGAGGGGGCCCUGCAGAAGCGAGGCAUCGUGGAGCAGUGCUGCACCAGCAUCUGCUCCCUCUACCAGCUGGAGAAUUACUGCAACUAGGGGCGCGGGGGGCAGGACGUGGCAGCACCUGCUGCAGGUCACGGUGGCCGCAAGCCUUCGGCUCUCUGCACCCCAAGUGAUUCAAUAAACCCUCUGAAUG